AUGUUCUUGACUUUCCCAGAGAAAGAAAUUAAAAAAAAAAAAAAAGAAAAGAGAAAAGAAAAAAAAGUGUGCAGAGCCAGGUUGCUGCACUUCUUGGGUUUCACCUGGGCGGGAAGGGGUGCGGCCUCCUGGUGGUGGAGCCAUAAAAGCCCAGGCCCAGGCCCGGCAGGACACAGGAGAAGCCUUCUCUCCCCUGCAGCCACUGCACCCUUCAGGGUGCACCCCUCACGGUGGACCUUCCCCAGGACUCUGCGGCACUCAGACAGUGAGCCUGGAGAUCUCCAACUCCCGGGAGGAAGGUCACGCACACCCAGACCCCUUGAGAUGGAUCGUGUGACCAGAUACCCCAUCUUCAGCAACCCCCAUUCAGCACGUGUCACCAGCUUGGUGCUGGAUGAAAACACCAGCUACACCGUUGAGCUGGUGGGCGUGGGGCCCGAAGCCAGUUGGAGCCAUGAAGAUCUGCAGACCUGGUCCACUGAGUACCAAACCAGGCCAGAUGUAAAGAGAACAGGUGUGUCCUCCACCAGGCAAGUCUUCCUCGGCCAGUCCUCUCCGAGGUCACUGUACUUGGAGGACGAAGACGAAGAGAUGGAGGCAUACCACCUGGAUGACACCAACAGUGCCCUCCGCAGCCAACCGAGGGACCUGGAUGCCGAGCGCUGGGCGGUCAUCCACAGUCAGGCCAUCAGGAAGGGCAGCACAGUGGCCACACUCCAGGGAGAGCCCAGGCCCACUGGCCAGCCUCGGCCCAAGUCCACUGAUGAGAUCUUGGUGGACACGGAACAAAUUGAUUUCCUGGCUGCUCGGCAGCAAUUCCUGAGUUUGGAGAAAGCGAACACGAACCCCGUUCCUCGGAGCCCCACAGCCAGGGAAACCUUUGUUCAAGCCCCACCAGGGGUCAGCCAAGCCUCCAAGACCUCCACCAGGCCCCACUUAGUCAAUGGCUACGCAAUACCUACCGUGCCACCAGCGAAGGAGGUGACUUCAGAGAAGACUGUCCAUGUCUCCCCAGCUGGGCAAACAGUAGCAGUUCAUGCAGCUAACGACCCUGGCCCCUGGACCCGAGCAGAGUCUCCUGAGACCCCCAAAGAAACUCCCAUCGAGAGAGAGAUUAGACUGGCCCAGGAGCGUGAGGCAGAGCUGCGGGAACAGAGGGGGCUUGGGCGGGCAGCUGGACAUCAGGAGCUGGUUCAGAUCCCCAGUAGGCCGUUGCUCAACAAGGUGAGCCUGGCUGAGUCUCCAGUGCGCAGAGAUAGGGGCCGCCCAUCCCUCUAUGUGCAGAGGGACAUGGUGCAGGAGACACAGCGAGAAGAAGACCAUCGUCGGGAGGGUCUGCAGGUGGGCAGGUCGUCCACACCCGACUGGUCCUCCCAGGACCUUCGGCCUGGACUCCAGAGAAGCCUGAGUUCUGACUCCAUCCUCACCCCAGAUGCCCGAGCCACUGACCCAGCUCCAGAGGCAAGAAAGGUCAACCGGAUCCCACCAGAUGCCUACCAGCCAUAUCUGGGCCCUGGGACCCCCAAACUAGAUUUCUCAGCCUUUGGAGUAUACAGCAAGCCAAAUGGUGUCUCCACAGAGGACACCAAAGCUGUGACCUUCCAGAAGGCAACAGAAUCUCCAAGGGAUGUCUCAGAAUAUUCUAGAAGGUCUCUGAGCUCAAAACAAGAGUCCUUGAAGCCUCUGCGUGCCAAUGUGGGUGUCGUGCAAUUAGAGAAUUUUCACCUGCGUCCACUGCAGUUCAAGGUCCCAGACGUCCCCCAGCAGGCUGAGACCUCCCAUACCUGGGGCUGGGAGGUGGCCGGAGGCCCAGUGUUGAGGCUACAAAAGUCACAGUCUUCUGACCUGCUGGAAAGGGAGGUGGAGGACGUCCUGCGGAGGGAGCGAGAGGUGGCUGAAGAGCGGAGAAAUGCCUUCUUCCCAGAGGUGUUCUCCCCAGGGCCGGAGCAAGAGGAGCAAGACUCCCGGAGUUCCUCCCGAGCAUCUGGCAUCACCGGCAGCUACGCAGUGUCAGAAUCCCCAGUAUUCACCCCCGUCCAACUGCAUUCAGGCCUGGUGUGGAAGGUGCAGGCCCCCGAGGACACCGCUCUGGGACAGAAGACAAAAAAGGAGGUGUGGUAUGCCGGAAUCAACUCCUCGGACCGCGUCAACUCAGAGGUCCUGGGAGCCACGCGAGUAACAAGACACAAGAGCCUCUUGGCAGAGCGCUGGGAAGCAGGCAUCUAUGCCAGCGAGGAUGAAGACUAAGCCUGGAACGAAGGACGUCUACUCCCCUUUGUCCAACCCCAGCCCCAUAGAAGCUGCCAGACCCGCCCCAGCCUCUGCAGCCACGCCUGGCCCAAGCUGAUGUUUGUGGCCCGAACACUGGUU